CUCUUGAUGUCUGUGCAUUUACCAGUCUUACAAAUCCCUGGGAAAGUCUAGCAGGAGGCACCUAAUAGAAUCGCCGGCCCAAUCCGCCCGUACGCAAGCACUCGCUAGUCGUACUCCUCAGACGGAACCUAUAAUCAUAAAGUAACAGCAUCAACAAGCAACGAGAACGAGUGGAACCCCAGGAUCAGGAUGUCGUUCGACAAGACCGUCAAGAACGCGUGUAAACCCAAGAAGGAUGUCCCGAAAGCCAAGUACCUAGACCCGAUCAUCCAAGCGACCCAUACGACGGACGGGGCGAUGAUCGAUAUCUGCAAGAGCUUGGGGAGUUGUUUGAGGGAGCCUAAGAAUAUCGUGAUCCUAAAAGCCCUCAUAGUCCUCCACUCGAUGAUCCGCCAAGGAGCGACCGAUAACGUCCUAGGUUUCCUCUCAGGGCCUUCAGGGCAGGAUAUUUUGAGGAUAAAAGAUAGUGUGGGGGGAGGGAGUUGGGAAGGAUACUCGGCGACAAAGACUCUUCAGACGUACGCCAUCUACCUCGAAGCGCGGAUUGUGGCCUAUAAGAACUUGAGGCAUGAUCCGAUCAGGGUUCAGAGUGAGAAUAAUAGUAAUCGGAUCAGCAUGGCCGGAGGCACAGGAGGCGGAGGUGGUGGAGGUGGAAGUGCGGGAGGCAAGGCGAGGAAGUUGAACAGCUUGACGGUGGAUAAAGGGCUUUUGAGGGAGGUGAGGGAGGUACAGAAGAUCGUCGGGUGUUUGAUCCAGUGUAGGUUCUUCGAUGAUGACCUGGAAGACCCGUGCAGCAACUUGGCUUGUAGGAUGAUCGUCAAGGAUCUGCUCGUACUCACCCAGGCGGUCAACGAGGGCGUGGUCAACCUGCUCGAACAUUACUUUGAGAUGGUCAAGACGGACGCUCAGGAAGCGUUGUCGAUCUACAAGGCGUUUGUCAAGCAGAACGACAAGGUGGUCGAUUACCUCAAUACGGCACGGCGGUUGAAGAACGUUUUGGAUAUCCCGGUUCCGAACCUCAAACACGCCCCGGUCUCCUUGGUCCGAGCGCUGGAGGAAUAUCUGCAUGACCCGGAUUUCGAGCAGAACAGGUUGGAGUAUAGGCAAAAUAUGGGGGCGGCCGAUGUCCCGACUACAACGAGGGCUCCCUCGGUAUCGCCAGCACCCCCAGCAUCAAAACCGGCACAAUCGUCAUCGCAACCCGCUGCUUCGUCUUCAUCGACUCUCGCCCCGCCCGUCUCGACGUCCUCGACCUCGACCUCGGCACCCGCACCGACCGCUCAGCGUCAGGUGAACAGGACGAUACAAGACUUUUUGAGCAGUAUCGAGGAGGAGCAAAAGCAGCAGCAGCAGCAGCAAGGACCCGGGGGAAUGGGCGGGAUGGGUGGUAACAACUUUAUGACUCAGAUGGGGAUGGGUAACCCGUACGGACAGCCACAGCAACCGAUGGCGAACCCGUUCCGGCAGUCCAUGUUCCCGCAGGCGACCGGUUUCAAUCCGAUGCAAGCACAGGCGACAGGGUUUCCCGGUCAACAACCUUUCCAGCAGCCCAACAUGCAGAUGAUGCCUCAGCAGACCGGGUUCAUUCAGCCUCAAACGAUGGAGGUCUUGCAGCCACCUCAACAGAACGCUUUCAUUCAACCGCAGCAGACCGGAUUCGGACAGGCGUCGCCUUUUGCACAACCUCAACAGACUGGGUUCGGCCAGGCGCCCUUCGCACAGCCUGCACCGCUGCAACCGCAGGCUACCGGCUUCAACCCGUUCAGGCAAUCGAUGAUUAUGCCCCAAAAUACUGGAUUGCCCUUCCGAAGUCCGUCGUCGGAGAACGCCUUUACCUCGCUUCCCCGGUCGACGUCAGCGCCAUUGAAUUCCGUUUCAUCGCCCGACCCUAAACCUCUGACGGCACAGGCAACGGGUACCAACAACCCCUUUGCCUUGCCUUCGGACCGUUUGCCCAAGAAGCAGGCCCCGGCAGGACCUUCGCUCUUCGAACUCGCUAUGCACAAGUCGAUGUCGAACAACAUGCAGCAACAGCAGACGGGUCAACCAUCAGGCCAGGCCAGCGGAGCGCCGGCACCCAUGGUGCCCCAAGCGACUGGGUUUGCUGGAAGCUCGAUCGUGCCGUUCUCGAGCAGGAUGGAUAACUCGUCACUGGGACAGUCGGCCGAAACGAAUGCGCAGUCUUCCGGCGCCACCCCUGGCGCGAACAACGCGGCCUCGACGGGUGGAAACGGCAACAGCUUCAUGUCGGAUCUCGCUUCUGCUUUCGCCUUGACAAGCACCAACGACACGUCCAAGCCAUCGGGCGAUAACAACAGCACCUUCCCCGGUGCUUUCGGCUCGAGCGGAUUGAUGAACCAGCCAACGGGGGCGACCAAUUCGUCGAGCAACAACCUGUUUGGACAGACGACGGGGACGACUGCGAUCAGCUCGCCUCCACCGGCGACACCGACAUCGACAGCCGGGUUCCUUCAACCGCAAGCGACCGGUUUCGCGGGCAGCUCGAUCAAGCCGUUCAAGCCGUCGUCCAACUUUGGAUCGACACUGGUCACCGACAUGCCCUCGUCGACGAAUCAGACCGGGUUGGGAGGUCUGCCAAGCCAGUCGACGGGGGCUAGUCCUAGCUCGCCGUUUGGAGCUGGCUUUGGGUCGGGGAUGGGCCAGAACCAGACGGGUAAUACGAAUGCCGGCGGUAUGAAACCGCAAGCGACGGGGUACAACCCGUUCGGCGCGUCCACCAACACGGGCAAUGCGGGGAUGAACAGCAACAGCAACAAUAACGACCUGAUGUCAAUCUUUGGCGGCGGGUCAAGUCAACCGCAACAAUCACAACAACAUCAAGCGGGAUCACCCUUCGGCCAACCGUUCGGUAAUGCCAACGGGCAGACUGGCGCUCAGACCAACAAUACCAAUUGGAUGACGUCCUUCUGAUCGAUCCACAUGGGAUCAACCCCUCCGCGCGUCUCAUACCUCAGCAACGUUGUAACCCUCGACACCCUCUUCGCACCUUCGAUCUCGUCCUCAUGUCCACCCUCACCCUCGUCUCGUUCCGUUUCGCCUGUUUGUUGUCUCGGUAAAUGUCAUCGCCCGUGGUAGAGGAAAAAAGAAGACGGACCUGGACUGAUCAGGUCUUUGUCGUUUUGUUCGUCAUUGUGCUCGUCUUGUAUGCCUGGAAGGAGAUCAAAAUCUGGAGGAUGGAAUUA